AUGGCGAUGGAAGGAGAUGCAGAUAAGGAACGGAACGAGUCAGGCGAGUCAACACGGUCGGAGGAGGUUGAGGAGAUCCAGCGAGUUAUUGAAUCGGUGGUUCAAAUCGGUGAAUACAGAAGAACGCAGAGGAAGGAAUGUCACAACUUGGUACGUCGUUUCAAGCUUAUGUUGCCGCUUAUGGAAGACCUUCGUGGCCUUCAACAACCCAUUCAUGAGAAUGGUCUUGUUUGGUUAAGGAACCUCAACGACGCGCUUUUGUGUGCCAAGGACUUGUUGACAAAUUGCAGCCAAGGAAGCAAGAUUCACCUCGCAUUGGAGAACGAGGGGGUUAUGAUCAAGUUUCAGAAUGUCUAUGAAAAAUUAAGCCAAGCGUUUGAUGAUUUGCCUUGCGAGGAAUUGGGGAUUUCUGAUGAAGUCAGAGAACAGAUUGAGCUAAUGCACGUGCAACUCAGGCGAGCCAGGAGAAGGACUGAUACACAGGACAUAGAACUUGCAAUGGAUAUGAUGGUAGUUUUUUCUGAUGAGGAUGAUCGCAAUUCUGAUAGUGCUAUCAUUGAAAGACUUGCAAAAAAGAUGGAUCUUCAUAGUGUUGAGGAUCUUGAGGUAGAAACAAUGGCUGUUAGGAACCUGGCUACAGAAAGAAAAGGGCAACAAGCUGAGAGUAACCAGAGAAUAAUUGACCUUCUUAACAAAUUCAAACGAAUUGUUGGCAUGGAAGAAACCAAUGUCCUUGAUGAUCCUGUCAUUCCCAAGAUGCUUGAGAGGUCCACAUCUUUGGUCAUCCCUCAUGAGUUUCUCUGCCCAAUAACUCUAGAAAUCAUGACAGAUCCUGUUAUUGUUGCAAGUGGACAGACAUAUGAAAGGGAAAGCAUAGAGAAGUGGUUCAAAUCCAGUCAUAACACAUGCCCAAAAACGAGGCAACCUCUGGCUCACCUUUCAUUGGCACCAAACUGUGCAUUAAGAAACUUGAUUGUGGAGUGGUGUGAGAACAAUAACUUCAAACUUCCUAAAAAAUAUACUUCUUUUGAUCAAGAAAGCUGUCCCAUGGAGAACAAAGAGGAAAUUCCAUCUUUGGUAGAGAGCCUAUCAUCUAUUCAUUUAGAAGAGCAGAGAAUGGCAGUGGAGAAGAUACGUAUGAUAUCAAAGGAAAAUCCUGAUAACAGAGUUUUGGUUGCUGAGCAUGGAGGAAUACCACCAUUAGUACACCUAUUGUCAUAUCCUGACUCAAAAAUACAGGAGCAUGCAGUGACAGCACUUUUAAAUUUAUCAAUUGAUGAAGGUAACAAGAAACUCAUAUCUAAAGAAAAUGCUAUACCAGCUAUUAUAGAAGUAUUGGAGAAUGGGAGUGUUGUGGCUAAAGAAAAUUCUGCAGCAGCUUUAUUUAGCUUGUCAAUGCUUGAUGAGAAUAAAGAGAUUGUGGGUCUAUCAAAUGGGAUUCCCCCUUUGGUAGAGUUAUUACAGAAUGGAACAGUUAGAGGGAAGAAAGAUGCUGCUACAGCUCUCUUUAACUUAUCACUUAGUCAUGCAAAUAAAGGUAGGGCCAUUAGUGCUGGCAUUGUGACACCUUUACUUGAAUUGCUCAAGCACAUAAACUUGGGUAUGAUUGAUGAAGCACUCUCCAUUUUAUUACUCCUUGUAUCAAAUUCAGAAGGAAGGCAAGAGAUUGGACAGCUCUCAUUCAUUGAAACCCUUGUUGGGUUCAUAAGAGAUGGAACCCCUAAGAACAAGGAAUGUGCAGCAUCUGUUCUUCUUGAGUUAUGUUCAAGUAACUCAUCUUUUAUAUUGGCAGCACUUCAGUUUGGAGUGUAUGAGCAUUUAAUUGAGCUUAAAGAAAAUGGAACUAAUAGAGCACAGAGGAAAGCAAAUGCAGUCUUAGAUCUCAUCAGCAGGAGUGAGCAGAUUUAA